AAUAAAAUAAAAUUCGGGUUCGAUCACAUCCCAAUUUGUUCCUCAAUUUUAUCGACACAGUUCCAACAAACUUUCACUGGUUCUUCACUUCUUUGCCCAUAUCUCUGAAUCACAGUGGCUCAAGAUGAAAGGCAUAAGGCCACAAAUCAUACUAUUUGGGGACUCCAUCACACAACAAUCCUUCAGCCCUAGUGGUUGGGGCUCUGCUCUUGCUGACAAUUUCUCUCGCAAGGCUGAUAUACUGAAUCGAGGUUAUGGUGGGUACAACACCAGAUGGGCAUUGUUUCUCUUGCAUCAUAUUUUCCCUCUUCUGGGCUUGGCUAAUCCUCCUGUUGCGGCCACCAUUUUUUUUGGAGCUAAUGACGCGGCUUUGCUUGGGAGGAAUAGUGAACGGCAACAUGUUCCUAUUGAGGAAUACAAAGAGAACCUUAGAAAGAUUGUUCUGCACUUGAAGAGAUGCUCCCCCACCAUGUUAGUGGUGCUUAUAUCUCCCCCACCUAUUGACGAGCAAGGCCGCAUGGAAUAUGCACAGUCAGUGUAUGGUGAAAAGGCAAUGAAGCUUCCAGAACGAACAAAUGAAACGACAGGGGAAUAUGCAAAUCAGUGUGUUUCAUUAGCAGAGGAAUUGGGUAUUCCCUCCAUUAAUCUAUGGUCUAAGAUGCAAGAAAAUGAGGGCUGGCAAAGAAAAUACUUAAGUGAUGGGUUGCACCUGACAUCCGAAGGAAAUGCAGUUGUGCACAAAGAGGUGGUUCAAGUCUUUAACCAAGCUGGUCUUUCUGCUCCAAGUAUGCCUAAUGAUUUCCCUCAUCACUCAGAAAUCGAUCCAAACAACCCCGAGAAAGCUUUCACCAUACAAUGUACAUAAUGGUAUUCAAUUCGUUCAUUUGCUGCAAAACUUUGAAUCCUUUUUUUUUCUUUCUUAGAACUUGUGGGUGUAUAGUGUAUCCACUCUGCUAUUAUCUUUUGAUUGAUUCAUUGUAAAGGUGUUCGGAUUUUGUGGUUUUUCAUGGCUAAAUUCUUUGUACAUGCCAUUUUUAGGUUCGGUUCUGUUACUAUAACUUCAGACCGCGAAGUGGUAGAAUACACAUACAGUUAUCAUUUUGAUCUGAUAGUAAAUAGCAUGUGUCCCAAUUUGUUCA